GUCCCGUUAAGGACAUGAUAAACGUUCGGUGUUUAGUAGCAGACAAUUCUUGAUUUUUUUUUCUUAAUAAUUUUUCUGAACCGGACUGAGUAUGCAAGAGAUUAAAUUGGAUUUUGGAGAAGCAUUUCGUUCGUCCUGAAACCGAAAUAUUUCUUGCAGGAGAAAGAUUCACAUUGGAGGGGAAGAGAUGCGCUGCCGUAAUGCACUUGGGCUGUUGUUUCUGUACGGGGAAGUGUGUCUGAUGGUUCUUGGACACAGGGAGGCCAGCAGUGAGGAGUCUGGUGCACAGCUCAGGGCACCUGGUCUUGGGCAAGCAGACAGAGCCUCUCCCCUUAAGCUAUGGAGGUUUCAUGGAAAGACUGAACCUUCUCACCUCUUGUCCCUGGACCCCUCCAAAGACCCACACAAGCAGGAUCCACAGCUGUCAAAGCAUUUGAGCUCAAGCCAUGCUCCCUUGGCAACACCUGCCAGACGCCACCCCUUCCUGAAGAGCGGAAAGUUCCAGAAGAUGUUUGGCUGGGGCGACUUCUACUCCAACAUCAAAACGGUGCGCCUCAACCUGCUGGUGACCGGCAAGCUGGUGGACCACCACAACGGCACCUUCAGCGUCUACUUCCGCCACAACUCCACGGGCGAGGGCAACGUCUCCGUGAGCCUGGUCCCGCCAGGCAAGGCGCUGGAGUUCGACCUGGAGCGCCAGAGCGUGGUCUACCCCAAGGACUCCAAGACGUUCACGUGCCGCGUGGACUACGAGAAGGCCGAGCGGAGCAAGCGCACGUUGCCGUGCAACUACGACCCGUCCAAGACGUGCCUGCAGCAGCAGACUCAGAGCCACAUCUCCUGGCUGUGCUCGCGGCCGCUCCGUGUCAUCUGCAUCUACAUCUCCUUCUACAGCACCGACUACCGGCUCGUCCAGAAGGUCUGCCCGGACUACAACUACCACAAUGCCCUGCCCUACCUGCCCUCGGGGUAACCGUGGAAACCAAGGCAAACACUGGACACAGACAAGAAAUACAUAGUCAUGAUGAGAUGAAGUCAAAGGUCCACACAGUCAGAGAUACAGUAUAUUUUCACACAGGGGCUUGCUGAUUGAGCCGUGUCAAACAUAUGAUUUAAUACUUGGACUACAAAUAACAUGUUGUUCUAAUAUCUGUAAAUCAAAUAUAUUAUCAUUGAAGGGUAUAAUAUGUUUCAAAAAGCAUACAAGAAGGUCUAUUUUGUCUCUGAUAAAUCUUUGAGUGAUUUUUUAUUUUAUUUUUAUUUCUCAAGGACCCAGUAGAUGUUACUGUUUCUGUUUUCAUGCCAAACAGGACACUGAGAUGCUCUAAGCACGCUGUAUUCACACGUAGAAUUACAACCCCACGGUUGCUUGGCCCUCCCCUGUUGUAGUUCAACACAUCCAAGCACGAAGGGGGUUGGUCUAAAUGUGGGUUUGAACUGUUAGUUUGUGGCGUGCAUUCAAACAUUAUCAACCAAAUUCAACACUCUCUGAAGGCGGAGUUUAAAGGCAGAGGCGGAGUUUAAAUUGGUUGAUGGAUGGCCUUUGUGACGAAAUGAGUUGGUUUAAAGACCCUGUAAACCAAACAUAAAUAUGUUUUCUGAGUUUGUUACAGCACAAAACAAACUUGAUCACAGAACCACACCAUCCAGACAAAUCUGAAUGAAUACAAAUAUAUGAAAGUAUAUUAAAUAAAGUAUUAAACCAUGAAAAUA